GACGGAUCUACCGGCAGUCGUCAUCCUCCAGCAGAGAGCAAACCCCCAUCUGCUCUCUCUCCCCCGCUCCGCUUCAUCCCACCGCCUGGACUGGACGCCUCCGUCUGCUCCUCCGUGCCCCAUCCAUCCGCAUCCGCAUCCGCAUCCGCCACCGUCCUCCACGCCCUCCGGUGCGCAUGAUUCAGUAGGCAACGAGCUCCUCCUCCUCCUCCUCCUCAGCCCCACACUUCCCGGAUCCUCGUCGCCCCGGCCGAGCAGAGACCGGAGCCCCGCCGCAGAUCCGCAGGGAAGAAUGGACGCCCCGUCGGUGGCGCUGUACAGCCAGCUAAAGGCUGCUCAACCAUUCUUCUUGUUUGCUGGGCCCAAUGUGAUUGAAUCAGAGGAACAUGUCAUGAAGAUGGCCAAACACAUCAAGGCCAUCACAACCAAACUUGGGGUACCUCUUGUGUUCAAAUCAAGCUUUGAUAAAGCAAACCGUACAUCGUCGAAAUCCUUCCGUGGUCCUGGUCUGGAGCAAGGCCUAAAGAUCCUUGAAAAGGUGAAGGCCGCAUAUGACCUUCCAGUGGUCACCGAUGUGCAUGAAAGCUCCCAGUGUGAAGCUGUUGGAAGAGUUGCUGAUAUUAUACAGAUUCCAGCUUUCCUCUGUCGCCAGACUGACCUUCUAGUGGCUGCGGCUAAGACUGGGAAAAUUAUCAAUAUCAAGAAAGGACAAUUCUGUGCUCCGUCUGUUAUGGUCAACUCUGCGGAGAAAAUUAGACUUGCUGGAAAUCAAAAUGUGAUGGUCUGUGAGCGAGGCACCAUGUUUGGCUACAAUGAUCUAAUUGUUGAUCCAAGGAACUUUGAGUGGCUGAGGGAAGCAAAUUGCCCAGUUGUAGCUGAUGUAACACAUGCGCUACAACAACCAGCUGGGAAAAAGCUUGAUGGUGGCGGGGUUGCAAGUGGGGGCUUACGAGAACUCAUACCAUGCAUUGCAAGGACUGCUGUUGCAGUUGGUGUUGAUGGUAUUUUCAUGGAGGUACAUGAUGAUCCCCUGAAUUCACCAUGUGAUGGGCCAACUCAAUGGCCAUUGCGCAAUUUGGAGGAGCUGUUGGAAGAAUUGAUUGCGAUCGCUCGAGUCAGCAAAGGAAAGAAACCGCUCAAGAUCGACCUAACCCCAUUCAAGGAAUGAUUUGGCAGUGGAUAGCAGUAGGAAUAACCUCGUCGCCGCCAUUUGGUUUCACCAAUAUGGCCGUGUCCAGGCGAGUUGCUCUUUGUAUGCGGUACUUUAAUUUACUGUCGGCUUCAAGCUUUGUUGGAUUGUCUGCAUGUUUUAGUUUCUUUCCAAACGUAGCAUAGCAGCCACAUGUUGCUGUUUUGAAUCACUCUGUCUGGAGAGUUAAUCCGAAGGAAGUCGACUUUUGA